AUGGAAGAGGCGGGAUACGCUGACGGCAUCCAGAACGUCGACCUGCUCUGGCGCGCCGGUCCCUUCCGGGAAGCGGCCGCCCAGGUUGCCCAGCUCGAGUUCCAGCGGAUCCUGGGGAUCAAGUCCGAACUGCGCGCCGCGCCCUUCGCCGUGUGGUUCGAAGAAUUGGCCAACCGCAACUUCGAUGUCACCGUUGGGGCCAUCGCCGCGCCCUUCAUCGACCCGUCGGCCUACCUCAACAGCUGGUACCGGUGCGGCGGCGGUGAGAACCAUUCCAACUAUUGCAACGCAGAAUUCGACGCCAUCAUGGACCAGGUGGACGUGGAGCCUGAUGCCGACAAGCGGUACGAACUGGUGCAGCAAGCGGCGCGUAUCCUGGACAACGACCCGCCGACCAUCGAGUUCUGGUACAACCGGACCCUCGCCGCGUGGCGCACGUGCGUCCACGGCAUCGAGGGGAAGAACGGCGCCCUCGUCCACAACCUGGACCGCAUGGACACGGUCUGGCUGGACGGCGAGUGCCAGGCCCAGUAA